AUGAAGACCCUUCUGCUCUUCGGCUUCCUCGGACUCGCUGUCGCGGCGCCCACAGACGAAGAUAAGAUCGUGGGUGGUUACGUGUGCAGUAAGAACGCCGCACCAUGGAUCGUGUACCUCAACGUCGGCUACCAUAUGUGCAGCGGCGCCUUGAUUAACCCGGGCUGGCUGGUGUCCGCAGCUGAGUGUCACUACUGGUUUGGUUUUAAGGUGUGGACUGGUUUUAAGGUGUGGACAGCGUUUCGCGGCAACCAACUUCAGUGUUUGGAAGCCACGGCUGUGAGUGACGCGGACUGUCACGGUUCCUAUCCAGGAAUGAUCACUGACAACAUGAUGUGCGUCAUCUACAUUGAAGGAGGCUGCGGCUCCUGCCAGGGUGAUUCUGGCGGGCCAGUGGUUUGUAACGGAGUGCUCCAGGGAGUGAUGUCUUGGGGAUACGGGUGUGCGGUGAGAAACUCUCCCGGCGUCUACACUCGCGUCUGCAACUACGUCUCCUAGAUCAACAGCACCAUCGCGGCAAACUGCGCACGUGUCCC